GUCGUGCAAAAAAAGUUCUCCAUCUACCACAUAACUCUUGUCGGUGGAUUCAUCACUUCUGCGGGAGUCCUGGCGUCCAGCUUCGCGCCAGAUAUCGCUUGGCUGUCUGUGACUUACGGAGUGAUACAAGGAACUGGCGUGGGAACAACGCUGCUUGGUGUCGCAAUGUAUUUGCUUCUCUGUUUUGACAAGUUCAAGGCCACUGCCACGGCCAUCAAGGACAUAGGCACGGUGGCAGCUGGUGUGGCAGGGGUACCAUGGAUAUCGCUCUGUGUGAAGAAAUACGGUCUGCGUGGCAGCCUUCUUUUGAGCGCUGGUUUAAUUAUGCACAUUCUGCCACUAGUGAUGUUAAUCAAGACCCCUCGCCCUUUCCCAACCCGCCAAAGCGACGAGAAGACCGCCAAAGCUACGCAUCCAGGGCAACCCGACCCGUGCAGUGAACAGUGUGCAAUGAAAACAGCGAUGAACACAUUGAAACAAGAGGUACAGCUUGUUUCGCCUUCGUAUGGGAAGCGUCCUUCGUCCUCAAACUGCCACCUCUGGAUGUUCUGCGGCUUCACGUUGUUUCCCUUUAUUGUUGUGGUGCUGCUUCAAGUCGUAUCAGACUACACUAAUGGCUUAUUUAUGACAACCAUAGUAGAUUAUAGUGCCGACAAGGGGGUGGAGGUGGAGCGUGCCAAGUCAACCCUUAUGUUCACUUUCCUCGGACAGGCCGUCGGGCGUAUUGUUAUGCCUUUGGCGACGGACAAAAUUUCUUUCAGCCGCUCACCUAUCGCAGUGGCGUGCCUUCUUGCGACGACCGUGAGUUACGCCAUCAUCACACGCGUCUCAGCCUUUGAAGAAAUCGUAGCCCUUUCUUGCUUGGCAGGUGUGGCCCAAGGCUACAUCCAUUGUAUAAGGCCUGUGCUGGUCGCCGACCAUGUUGGCUUGGGUCAGUUCAGUUUGUGCUGCGGAGUUGGAGGACUGGUCGGUGUACCGGUUUACCUGUCUGGUCCAGCCAUAUUAGGUUUCUUCAGGGACAGGCGUGGCUCCUACGACAGGCUCUACAUCAUGCUUGCCGGACUCAACCUUGGCGUAGCCGUGUUGCUGACAGUGCUGGUUUUCCAAGCCACGACGAAACGCCGACGUUGCAUCCCUGAGGUCUCUCCAGGAAGCACGCAGGAGGAGAGCAGUUCACUAUGACUAUAACUCCACGUCAUGCUAUGCUUAAGCAGAUAGCGAGCAUAGCUCACUGAAGUUAGCACCUCUCGUAUCGGUUGCUGUCUGUGAUUACUAUUCAGGACACCCCGCGGUUUGGUCCGUAACGCACUUGUACUUGACCACUGAUUUCUGCUAGAACAUACCCCGGACACCUGCCUGAGCAGGGCUGGGCAAAGAUACUUUGAAAUUGUAUUGCGAUACGAUACAAGAUACUUGGACAAGAAGUAUUUGAGAUACAGAUACAAGACACUGCGGCAAUAAUUGUAUCUGAUACAAUACUUUGUAAUUGUAUCUUAAGAUACUUCGAUAC